AAAAUAAGUGCAGCUCAAAUUUAGUUCUUUCAAACAUUCUGAAGUGUUAGGUAUUUCGUUUUUUUUUUUUCUUCGAAAUGAAGAUUUUAAAAAUAGUUUUACUGGUGUGCAGUGUAUUUUGUUGUGCGAAAUCUGAAGAUGUAAAAUAUGCUGAGAAUUACCAGCAAAUAUUCGACGACGUAGAAAGUAUCAAAAACUCCCUGAAUCUGUUGAGACUCAAAGUGGAGAGGGAAGUACACCCUCCGAAAUCACCCUCCCAAAAAUAUGCCGAACGGGAAAAAUAUCGCAAUCAAAGUAAGCCCAUCUUUGACAUACGCAUCGAUGAAUUACCCGAAGAGUGUCAAAACCAUUCUUCCCCACCCUCAAACUGUGCCAUGGCAACGGCCUGCACCGAGACCAGUGGCUAUUACAACAUAACCGUGUCCCGCUAUCGCAACCACACCUUUCAAGCAUUCUGUGAUUAUCGCACCAAAGGCGGUGAUUGGUUGCAUAUCUUGCAGCGCAUUGAUGGCUCGGAAAAUUUCAAUCGUCCUUGGAUGGACUAUGUGAAUGGUUUUGGCGCUGUGGAUGGUGAAUAUUGGAUUGGGUUGGAAAAUAUUUAUGCUCUCACGAAUUUCGACGGGCCGCAGGAGUUGUAUGUUUAUAUGCAUAAUUUUAGUGGAGCAAUGCGUUAUGCCCGUUACGAUCAUUUUGUGAUUGGUGGAGCCGAUGAGAAGUAUAAAUUGAAGGUGUUGGGUAAAUAUUCGGGUAAUGCCGGAGAUAGUUUGUCGUAUUCUUUGGGAGCUGCUUUCACGACAUAUGAUGAGGAUAAUGAUAAUCAUACACAGAAUUGUGCCACCGCCCACAAAGGCGGUUGGUGGUACAAGAGUUGUGCCCGAACUGUUCCCACAGGAUUUUAUCACCAGGCCAAAUAUAAGGGAGAGUUUGCCGAUGGCAUUUAUUGGAGGGAUUGGCUGGAGUUGUGGAAUUCAAUGAAACAUGUCGUUAUGAUGAUUCGACGUCAACGCAUAUUUGAGGAUUAAAUGAUGAAUUAUUAUUAUAUAAACUCAAAUAUAUAUAU